AUGAUAUUCAAUUAUAAAGGUGAGUACUUAUUCCUUGAAAAGUAUUUGAAAACACACUCAUGACCCUGUUUGAAAGAGAGAAUAGAGAUCGGGGUAACAACACGACAACAAAACGCAACAUUCAAAAUAACUUCUAGCGUUAAGAAAGCCAAGACACGUUUUUGUCUGGUGUUUGAACCUUGAAAAACAAUCAUCAAAAGAAGAGAAUUUCUUCCUGUUCAACACAUAUAAUAUCGCAAAUAAUAGAACAAUCUCGAUGGCAUUUAUUAUCCGCAAGAGAGAGUGA